AAAUGAAAUCCUCCAUGUGGCAGUAUAUGUUUCUAGCACUUGUGUUUUCCUCAGUCAACAUUUGAUUACGGUUUCCAGCCCGCUUCUCUGCGAAAACAUCUGCCAAGACAAUAAAGCUUGGUUUGUAACUACAUUUUGAUAUAUGUUAUUUUUGUUUAUCAAUCUUUCUUGGCAAACCAGCUUUCUACAGUACAGACUGCAUUGUGCUUGCUUGGUUUUCAGCUUCAUAUUUCAUCACUGCAACUCUUUCUGUGUGUUUGUGUUGUGAUAGUUAUGAAUGAUAUCAUUACCACCAUGUUCAAUAAGAAGUUCCUGGAGGAGCUGUUCAAACCACAGGAGCUGUACUCCAAGAAGGCCCUGAGGACAGUGUUUGACCGACUGGCUCAUGCCUCCAUCAUGAGACUCAACCAAGCUAGUAUGGACAAGCUCUAUGAUUUGAUGACCAUGGCAUUCAAGUAUCAAGUCCUGCUGUGUCCUCGCCCUAAAGACAUCCUCCUUGUGUCCUUCAACCAUAUGGAUGCCAUCAGGGACUUUGUGAAAGACGCUCCCAGCAUCCUCAGCCAAGUGGAUGAAACAAACAAGCAACUCAUAGAGAUAUAUACCCCUUUAUCUGGUGGAGAGUUUCAUCUAAUUAGACAAACACUCCUCAUCUUCUUUCAAGAUAUGCAUAUUAGAGUAUCAAUUUUCCUGAAAGACAAAGUACAGAACUCCAAUGGGCGAUUUGUUCUCCCCGCAUCAGGCCCUGUUCCGUAUGGGACGCACAUCCCAGGACUCAUAAGGAUGUUCAGCUGUAGUGGUGAGGAGGUGAGAAGGAUGCAGUUCCGGGACGGUGGCAAUUACAGUGCCGCUCUCCGUGAGGGUGCUUUUGAAAUGUAUGGUGAUCGAGUAAUCAAACUGGGCACAAACAUGUACAGUGUGAGCCGCCCUGUUGAGACACACAUGUCUGGAACCUCCAAAAACUCCUCACAGCACACCAAGGUCAACACAACUCCGAAUCCUUUGGCAAAAGAAGAGCUGAACCUGCUUGCUAGACUAAUGGGAGGUCUGGAGGUGCAGAAAUCAACUAAUACUGACUCUGGCUUCCGUGUGAACCUUUUUGCCACUGACGAGGAGGAAGAGGAAGCUUUAAUAUCAAGACCGGAUGAGCUUUCCUAUGAAGUUAUUAAUAUCCAGGCAACAAAGGACAAACAGACCAAUGCAGAGCUGGCUAAGAUCAUGGGGGAGUUUGGAGAGAUGGGAGAACCCGCCCCCAGUUCCAGCAGCAAGGGUGAUGACCUCCUGGCCAUGAUGGAUGGACUGUGACUUUAACUUGAUGUUCACUUUGAGUGAGCAGAGUGACUGAGCUGUUAAGCAGGAUAAAGUGCUACAAUGUCUUACUCAGCAAAGAGGCCUUUUGUCUGGAGCUACAGUGACAACCGUAUAUAUUUAGAACGACAGCUAAGCUCAACAAGAAAGUCUCUCUUUGAGAAUUUCACACAAUUUUUGUCUCCUGCCACCCACCCAAUGUGAGAAAUGCAAAUAGCAGGUGUAGAAAUGUAAUAUGCGUCUUGCUGUGGGACCAUAUUCAUUUUUUCAUAUUCAUUCUGUCAAGUCACUUUGGAGGUGGCACAGGCCAUAUCAUCACGUAUUUCAGCGAAUGGUUUGAUAUCAGUCUUCACAGAAACGUCUGCGAGGCUUUGAUGUCACAGACAUUUCUGUGACAUUUAGAUCAGUGGACCGAAUAAAAUGCCUUUUCUGGACUGUCUUAGUUGUCUAAGAGGACAAUCCGUGCACAUGGAAUUCAUUUAAAUCUGUUUGAUGUGCAACCGAGAGGCGCACGAUUUGCAUCCACACAACAAGCGCUGAUUAAGACAGGGUAAUGGAGGAAACCGAAGUGCACUUGCAGUAAAUAUUUAGUGCAGAUCCCAAAACUGGUUUACAGGAAGCCCCGGGACAAUUGAUGUGUGUAUGUUUUUGUCUUUAUUUAAAG